AUGGCAAAGUCUGAUGGAUUAAAAACAUCGUACGUGUUGAGUAACAAUGAUGAUCGAUUAGAAGAUGAUCAAUUCCCCGUGGAAAAUAUAGCUUUUACUUUACCUGAACACGUUGAUUCUUCUCUGUUACACGUUUUAUUGACAUCGUCAUCGUCUUCUAUAGCAUCCUCUCAGUCACCACACGCUUCGCCAAUCGUUAAAAAGAUACAAAUAAAUAGAAAACAGCAACAGCGAGUCAGUUUUAUAUUAGAUCAAAAAAAUCUAUCAUCUGAAGAAAACAAAUCCAUCGUCGCAACACGUUCAGUAAUAGAAAAACAACAAAUACCAUAUUCUUUGUCGUCUCAUUCUAAAACUCAUACCAACGAAGAACAUGAAGAAAAUUAUAGUACUAGUGUUGUACAAUACUUAUCAUCUACUUCAACUGAUGUAUUAGCUAAUUUAACUGAAGAUCGUGAAGAAGACACAAAUAGUAUUCAAGAUGAAAAUAAAGGAUUAUUAGAUAAAAACGUAGAUACAAUGUCAACAAAAGGUUUAUUAUCGAUUGAUUCAACAAAUAAUAAAAAAUAUCCGUCUACGAUAAUUCCACAUUCAAUAUUGAGAAAAACGCGUUUUGUAGAACAGUCACAAGAAAAAAAUCAUCAGCAAGGUUCUACUAACAACGAUGAUAGUGUCAAUGAUGAUUCUGAUUAUUAUAUUGAAGAAGAAAGUGAAGAUGAUUUUGAGAACGGUAAAAAAAGAAAAAACAAUGAACAGGAUAAAAUUCAACAGCAUAUUGGCGAGGAUCAAUUUUUUGUUCAAACAAAUAGUCGUCAUAAUGGUAAAAAUUAUACUACCGGCAAAAAAAAAAGAGAAAAAACAAGGGAAGAACAUUAUUAUUAUAAUCAUCAUCGUCAGCAACAGCCACCACAACUAAUAGAAAAAGUUAAAAAAGGAAAAAUAAUAAUAGAUGAAGAUAAUGCUUGGUUAUUAAAAAAGUCUUCGUCCAAUUAUCAAUCAUCGGCAGACAAGGAAGAACCAAAAUCUCAACCAUCAUCCAAACAAAGUGUUACGUUUGUUGAACAACCAACGAUCAUUUCUAGUGAAUUUUCAAGUCUAACUACAAGUUCUUACUCACAGUUACACAACAGUUGUACUUCAUUGCCAUCAUCAGUUGCAUAUUCUCCCAAUAAUUUGUUAAAACCCGAUUGUUUCAAUAUGAGAGAUUAUGCUCAAUCAACGACGUCAUCAAAUGAUUUUAAACCCGUUUAUGUAUCUCCAUUAAAAUAUCGUCCAUUAGUCGGAUUAUCGGCACAAGACAGUCGUUUGUUAUUAGAAAAACGUGUAUCACUAUUAGGAAAACCGAUUCUUGUACAUCCAAUUCAACGUCGUUCACCCACUUAUAAACGGACACAGUCAAGAAUGUAUAAUUUUCUCGAACGACCAAGAGGAUACAAAGCCGGAAUUUAUCAUACGCUAGUGUAA